AUGGCGCUCUUCGGGUCCACUACCUCCGCUUCGACAUCAGCAGGCAAUACUACUGGUGAUAUCUCAAAAGAUGUCGCAUUGAACCAACCACCUGACGACAGCAUUUCCGACCUUUCAUUUUCUCCUACUGCAGAUUUCCUUGCUGUAGCAUCAUGGGACAAGAGACUUCGCAUAUAUGAAGUCAGCGAACAAGGGCAAAGUCAGGGCAAAGCGGAGAUCACCUUUGAUGGGCCUGUUCUGAACUGUUCAUGGUCACACGAUGGCACCAAGGUCGCUGGCGCCAGUGCCGACAAAUCUGCCAAAAUUAUCGACCUAGCGUCCAACUCUACUGCUGCUCAGCAAGUCGCCGCCCACGACCAGCCUAUACGCACGUGCCGAUUCAUUGAGUCGUCUGGGAACCCCAUGCUCGUGACCGGCUCCUGGGACAAAACGGUCAAGUACUGGGACCUCCGCAGCUCAACCCCGGUCGCCAACAUCGAAAACCAAGAACGCGUUUAUUCCAUGGACGUCAAGAACAAAUUACUCGUCAUCGCCACCGCCGACCGCUACAUCAACAUUGUUAACCUUGACGAACCAACAAAAUUCUACAAAACACUUCAAUCACCCUUGAAAUAUCAGACAAGAGUCGUGAGCUGUUUUACGGACGCCAUGGGCUUCGCGGUGGGCAGCAUCGAAGGCCGUUGCGCCAUCCAGUACGUCGAGGAUAAAGACGCCAACCUCAACUUCUCGUUCAAAUGCCACCGCGAGACACCAAGUACCGGACCAAAUCGAGACGUCAGCAAUGUUUUCGCCGUAAACGCCAUCUCAUUCCACCCGCAGCAUGGAACCUUCAGCACAGCAGGUAGCGAUGGGACAUUUCACUUUUGGGACAAGGAUGCCAAACACAGGUUGAAAGGGUAUCCGGCGGUUGGAGGCACUAUCAGCGCAACGGACUUCUCGAGAAAUGGGAAUAUCUUUGCUUAUGCGGUCAGCUAUGAUUGGAGCCGAGGUUAUACCAACAAUACGACACAGACCCCAAACAAAGUCAUGCUGCACCCGAUUGCGCCGGAGGAGGUUAAGCCUAGGGCAGGAGCAAAGAAGAGAUGA